ACAACAACAACGGGCAACAACACCAACAACAAUAACUCCAUUGAUCUUGGCUUCGUGGAAAACUUCCUGGGAGUUUCAUUGUACGCUAGUGUGACACAUUAUGCUCGGAGCAAAAAACACGUGUUCCUUCCGUGGAAUGAUCCAGCAAUAAAGAACCCCCUGGCUUCGGAGUCAUCCACAUCAUCAUCGUCAUGCUGAGAGGAUCAUAAAGGCACCACAUUCAUUUUCAUGAGACCCCAAACCCAACAGAAUUGAUACGGUCAAAGUCCAACCUCACUUGUGCGGAUGAGGUCCUAAGGCGAUCGACCCAAAAGGAAAAUGAAGGGUCACACCUCCUUUGUUGAAGAGCAAAGUCCUCUCACGCGUUUUUCCUGCACCUUAAUCCACUAGAAACCAAAAGAGAGAGAGAAUUUUCCCCACUACCAUAUAGUGUAGUGCCGCAAGAUGACUCCCGCUAAAAUCCAAGAACAACAUCCAUUUUCCCCUGCUCGAGGAAGUCACACGGUUUCACCCUCGAGGCGGAAACUCUAUCGAAAAAGUCGCAAAAAGGUCAUUGCUGUCGAGUCCCAGCCCUCCGUUCAACACUCGCUCUCCGAGUCUGAGUCUGACGAAUUGCCUGAGUUAGUGGCUCACACGACCCAAGUCCCACGGUGUUCCUCACGAAAUGGAACUCAAAUCCAUAACGAGGCACGCCAAGAUUCUGGCCGUGUCGAGCACAAAUCGAAUCUAAGCGAGGGGGCUGUGAUGAAGGAUGAGAUGGAGGAUGGGCUCGGAGACGAGUUGGAUCCGUGGAACUGGGAACAGAAUGGCAAUCUCGGCGACAAUGGGAACCAUUACAUGGUGCUGCCUCCCAUUUCAAACCGCAAUGACGUUGAUCAUUUGGAGAAUGGCAAGAACCCGCCGCUGCAAAGCAAUCAGAACUUGUCAGUGAAUGUCAAAAGCACGGAUUCUGAGAGUCAAAACUUCGUGCGACUGUUGCUGUCCAAGGACUUGCAUGAUCGGGAUGAGGCCUUCCACAAGACAGUCCAAGAGAUUAAGAAGAUGGAAAAGUUCAAGAACUCGACGGAGGAGGAAAUUAGAAUGAGAAUUCAACGAGAUCUUGACGAGGCCAAAGCCUUGGUGGUGCCAAUUGCCGCAGCUGGUUCUUAUCGGAGUGGAAGGUUCGAGGCCGUCACGAGGAAACCCCGUCGAAGGUCGACGUCGGCCAUGGCCAACGAAAACUUUUUCACUGGCAAAGAGGAACGGGCCCAACCUUCAUCGUUCUCAGAUGGUCAAGGGAGCACCACUACCUCCACCACUUCUAAGCCCUUGAUGAUGAUGAUGAAGACGACGACGAGGACGACGAGGACAGCGAUGGGGGAAAAGAAAAAGAAGAAGAAGAAGAGCUCAAACGAAUCCAAAUUAGGAGAUCGAGACAGCCGUGCGAGAAAGCCAAAUGAAACUUCUCCACACGCAAAAAGGGGUCAGCUCGAGAAUGCUUCAGAUUCCAAAUCAAAGGGAUCUACACAAAAAGAGAAUAGGAAUGAUCCCGCCCACCCAAGGCAGGCAGAACAAUCUGAAUUGAGAAUGAGCCCUCCAAAGGCUUGCAACUCUGGCUCUCCGUCUUCUUUUAUGUCUCCUCCACGACAUUCCAACCUGCCUUCUUCUGUCAAAAGCCAGGCUGAUGGGAGCAAAGUUCAGAGCAAGAAAAGGACCUCGAAAUCGAGGCCAAUAGAUGCGGAAUUGCAAUUGGAAAAUGACUUUGAUCUCAAUGAUAAUCAGAUUGGAGUAGCGUUUUCCGGCCUCAUUAAUGAGGAUGACAGCAUCGAGACUGAAAUGAAAGUUGAGGAAGUUGACGCCCAGAUUGCGAAGCCGGCCUUCAGCGAAGGAGCAAACUUCUCGUCGCUUUUCCCAUUAAGGCCAGACCACGACGAGCAAUCCCAUUAUUUGAAUUAUGGCACCACUUCAACACACACAGAAUCAGCACAGAACCGGGAUGACGACAUAAUGGAUUUUUCUCAAUCAAAAGAUGAUGAGGAAUUUCCAUCAAAUCGCGGGGAAUUUCCUGCCUUUGCUCGUUCCCACAUCCUUACCAUGGACAGGCAAAGGAAUCUGGACCAAGGAGCUGAACGAGGGGGUUCCAUUAAGAAAUUUGUCCAUUCCUCAACGCCCGAUGAGGCUUUCAAAUUCUCCAUGCUCAAAGCCAGUCUUGACUACGACGCUCUGGGAGAGGACACUCUCGAGGCCAAAGGCCUGAUGACCCAUGGAAUGGCCAGGCGUAAGGCCAUCACUUCGGGUGGGGGAGAUCUCACAAGUGCCAAAAAUAGUCAAGGAUCUCGUCCACGAAAGGGCCCAAACUUUUCAACGUCAAGUACUCUCAGCCAAGACAGUCUGGGUCCUAGGGACUCUCAAGGCUCAUUAGUACGUUGCGUAGGCCCAGGCUCACUCAAGUCCUACAUUGAUUACGUGAAAGACGAAGGAUUUGUCCCGCCACCGAUUAUAGACCCGGAGAUGGGCGUAGAAUUUGGGAUCUUCGCCGACAAAACCGCUCAAGGGGGCUCCACCUACGACCCGGACUCGAGUUAUAACUCUCGUAGCAGUUCUCGCAUCAUCAGGCCUCACCAAGGGGUCAAUACGACCACUGAAGCACAUACCAGCAUUGCGGCCCAAUUCGAAAGUAUUCGCCUCAAAGCCGAGGUCGCUCAACACACCAUUCAGGAAUUCAAGAAUAAAUUCCCCAGGAAGAAAAGGCUCUCGGUACAAUACGAGGAAAUCGAAAGUCUCGAUCUGGACGUGGAUGGCAACGACGAGUCGGGCAGUGGAAUGACCAAGCCCUCCAGACACCCGCACCAAUCGAGACAGUCUCGCUCACAAAAAGCUGGACGCCUGUCGCAUCGAGGGACCAAGAAGGCCAGCUCAAAUGGAUCCGUUAAGGUGAAUGGAGAUCAUUCUCUGGAUGGUGGUGGACCAGCUCGAGUUGAUGGUGAUGACUUUGACCUCAUGGACACAUCCACCACCACGAGUGGAUACCACUCCAAUGGGGGGGUCGAGGCCGGCUUGCUAAUGGGGGGUUCUGCUGGAUUUAUGAGCAACGAUCCGAAAACCUUUAAUGGCACUCAACUUCCUCUCCCAGGAUCAAGGUUAUCUCACUCCACCUAUCCCGACGAGGAAGAGGGACUCAAUCAAUCCUUCUUCGACGAAAGUGAACUGACAGAAGAUUGGCGAUCAGACGACCUUUCGUUCGAUCGUGACUCUCGGCUUGAUUACGAUGACCAAAAUACCAUUCUCCUACAAGAUGCCCUCCUGGGCAACAAUCUGCUGGCCAUGCUGGAGGAGCCCAAGGCCAAGUUCAACCAGAAGGACGACGACAACUUCCUGGGGGGCGAGAGCGCCCUCGACCUGUUUCUAGAUCGAUCCGUAGACGGCGUUAUCGGCGAGCGACAUCCGGCUUUGGUCAGGACCAUUCGAGAUUUGCAAUCCCAAAAACAGAAUCGAGCGGAGAAAUUGCGGGUUCAAGAGGAUCUUUUUCGUACAAAGGCAUUCCGUAAAGAGGCCGAGAUGCGCCGGGAACACCUCCUCAACCGGGCCAAAAUGCUCCAAGCUCGAGCCAACAAGCACAAAGCAAAGGCCAUGGAAGACAUGCAAAAGCUCUCCCAGAUGUGGGAGGACAAAUUCAAGGACGAAUUCGCUAAGACCGGUCCCCUCGAGGUGGUUUGUAAUGCCCUUAGGGAAGAGCUUGAUGCCGCUCACAAGGAACGUAUUCAAGCCUUUGAGAUCAAGAUGCAGCCAAUCAUCAUCAGAGAUGGGCCUUCGAAAAAAGCCAACUACAAGAUCCAAGCCGCCAGACUUCAUUAUGACAUCUAUGCUUUGACCCAACGUCUGCGACACACCACCAUGCGGGCUGAGCAUGAAGAGCAGCGACGCGAACGCAAGGAGCGCAUGGUUCGGAAAUUGCGGGAGGAAAUAUCGGAAAAGAAGACCGCCAUCACAACCGUCACGAAAGGGAUCCCAUUCAACAAGAUAGAGGUGCGACCCGAGGACCAAAUCCCCCAACCCUCUUUUCAUCCACUUCCGUCCAAUAACAAACCAUCGACUAAAAUAGGACCUCGAAAACCGGUUUACCAUCCAGCCACUCCAUCCGUUGCGGCCGGUACGUUAUCCGCCGCCCAGCGGCAAUUUAGUGGCGCAGGCUUGCGCCAAGGCCUUUUACCAGCCUUACCCAACGGUGGGUUCCGAGGUGCCAAUACCAGUAAGAAAGAAGGCGGUCCAGGAUCGCCAACCAAAACCUUGAGCCGGACCCAGACGAUUCCGACAAAAUAACAAAGCGAACUAGUCCGCUCUGCCCGGGACCUGUCCACCUCAGACAAGUUCGGAUGAUCAAUGAAUGCAUUUAACGGAUGUUGUGUUUUUCAUUUUUGAUUCGUGAGUGCAGUGUCUCCGUUUUUUGCACUCUGUCACGGAGCCGAGUUUCGAGGGCGCUUUUUGCCAGACAAAAGGAAGGACACCCUUAGGUCUGAACGUUCCCGGAGAUAAAUGUGCCUGUUCGUAUUUGUCGUCAAAACAAUUUUCAAAGUUGUUGAUCAACUUUGGUGCCAUGGAUCAUUUUUUACCAUUCGAUCUCCCACCCCCUCCCUCCAAUAUCCCUGAAGAAGCUAUGUACCUGGAAUGAUUAUGUUCCUAACACUGACAUUGAUAAGAGGAAUGAAUAUGACGAGCUUGUCCUGCUUGAGUUUAUUUAUUGUCAUUUAGACUGUCACACAAUCCCGAAGAAUGAAUAUACACUCCUUGCAAGUCACGUUACUGUUCAUGAUAACAGCAAAAUAUAUUCCUACUGACUA